AGCAGUUUGGCAAAAUUUCCCGCGCUGCGAAUACGUAGCGAGCAGUACACGGUAAAAGUUGCGGAAAGUUAUGCGGAGUUGUUAGUAGCUGCGUAUUUUAUCCCCGACCAGUUUUAAGAUCCCAUCAAAAUGGUCACACCAAGGACAUGUUUCCUGUUCAUCACCAUCCAGCUGGUCUACGUGAUCUCCGCCCAAGAGAUGGAGAAACGCGUGCCUCAAGGCUUCGUGGGCAUGCGCGGCAAGAAGUAUGACGAGCCCACAGAACAGUUCUACAAACGAAAACCACAGUUCUUCGUCGGAGUCAAAGGAAAAAAGAGCAUAUUCGACCUCCUUGAAGAACCAGAAGAGAAGAGAGCACCCAUGGGCUUCGUCGGAAUGAGAGGCAAGAAAGAACUCUACCUCCCCGAAACGUACUACGGAAAUUACGACUAUGUCCCCAAAAGAGGAGCCGGCUCUCUGAUAGGGCAAAUCGACUUCGCUUCGAACGAGGACGUGAAAAGCUUCAGUGGUGGAGAUGAGUUCCCGAUUCUGAACGAGAUUUUAAACGAAUAUUUACAGAAAGUCGAACGCUCGAACUCCCUCGAAUCGGCUACUGACGUCCCGGACAUUAACGCGGAAUUCUCCAACGAAAGGAUUUCAAACGAAGUGGACAAGCGCGCUGCGAAUAUUCACCAGUUUUUCGGAGUCCGUGGAAAGAAGUCUAUUCAGAAUAAGCGUCCGUACGAUUUGAGCUUCAGGGGUAAAUUCAUCGGUGUCCGCGGCAAAAAGGACCUGAAGAACAGUGGCCCCCAGGAGAUCAGGUUUUUGCUCAGCCCCAACGGACCGUGGCCGAAGAGAAAGGCCCAAAUGGGUUUCGUCGGCAUGCGCGGCAAGAAAUGGACUGACGAAUCGAGUCUCGAAAUGGAAAUCCCAAACUAAGUGUCUUCGGCCACGCACCUUCAAGACUUCAUUGUAUAACAUAUCCUAUGUAAGCAGCCCUCGCCGUUCUAAGAAAGGCUUAUUCUAGCGUUCGGGAGAAGAAACAUUCUAGUCAGUGUCCAUGUUGUGAUGACGUCACGGAGCGUUUUUCGUCAAACCUUUUCUAGAUUUUUCAGCUUUUCUUUUCUUUUAAGUAGAUGUUAUGUUUAAUUUAAAUUAAGGUUGCUUUAUGUUUAUUUGUUUUUUUUUUCGGUUUGAUCUUUUGCUUUUAGUCAAAUUACAAAAUUACUUAAGUAAGUAGAUAUUUUUAAAUAUUCAGUUACGAGUAAUUUAUGUUCAUUGUAUGAGAGGUUAUGAAAAACGCUAAGUGGUAUUGUCGAUUAGUUAAAAAUAUAAUCGAAUAGUUAAUCCAUGUAAAGUAAUUUAUUUUCUAUUGAAUGAUAUAAAAUUGUUUUAAAUAUAGAAUAUUUUAUAGAUUUUUCUAAAUACAAUCUCUAAUUGGUGUUAAUAAAGUUUUUCUCAUUGUUGAAGGCUAGCAUAUAAUUAUGUAAAUGUUAAUGAUCAGUAGAUAGUUCGGAGCGAAAUUUUUCAAUUGUAAGUAAACUUAUUUUUAAAAUUUUGAUCAAUCUAAUAAGUCGCAAAUCAACAAACUUUAACUAUACCUAAACGUAAUAUCGAUGUCUUACUUUUAAUUUUAGAAUAAAUAAAUAAUAUCUUAUUGUAUUUAACUUGGAAAUCUUUGCAUUUUGUUAAGGCUGGCAAAAUGUAACAGUGUAACAUAAAGUGGAAAUAAUAAUA